AUGUCGGCAUACCCAAAGCCGCAACCGCCCCAGAUGCAUGCAUUUGACUCAUCGAGGUCUCAGUAUCAAUAUUCAGCAGAGCAGGAUAAUGCGGCAGAGAGUCCGUAUAAGGAUAUCACGCAUAAGGAGUCAAAAAAACCUGAGCAAAGACCGAGCCCACCCAGACCGGAGCCCGACCAGCUCAUCAACGCUGCUACCAUUAGCUACGGCUACCCUCCGGCGGCCCAUCAGGCUGUCACUUCAAGUUAUGAAGUAGGUUACAGCAGAGACAACAGCAUGAUCGGCCCCUACCACCGCUCGUUGUACGCGGCCGACUACCCGCGACCACCACUGCUUGAAGCUCCGACAUGGAGCCCCUACGGAUCGUCCAUGACGCCUCAUAGUCCCAGUGCCAUUCAUCACGCGAUAAUAACGCGCCCGAGCAUCACGACUCUGCCCAUGCCGACGUCGAGCGUACCGCAGCUGAUCUGGACCAGCACGAUACAGACGUCCGGAUCCUCCAGUCCCGCGCAGAUGAACCCGUACGCCAUGCACUCGGCCAAGGCAAACCUCAAGAUCGACGGCGAUCUAGAGGCGAUGGCAAGCAACUGGACACAGGAGGAGUGGGAUAACCGAAGGCGCAUAGUCAUGUUCAACAGGAAGCAGCAGAGCUCAACGCUCCAACAAGCUUCAAGCCCGUCACCCUGCAUAUACUGGGCGGAGAAGAACGAAUGUUAUGUGACCAGUGUCGACACCAUCUCGCUGUUAGAGCAGCUCGUGGCGUCUCCCGCGAGGUUCACGGUGGAAGAGAAGAACCGGAUACAGCGCAACCUGGAGGAAUUCCGGCCCCUGACGGUGAGCAAGGCUAAGGCGGACAGCGAAGAGGUCUUCAAGAUCAUCAUGGCAUUUCUGAAUCCAAAGCCGCGCAAUAUCGCGAAGGACGUCAAGGUGUUUCCUUGGAAAAUACUGGCUAGGGAGCUCAAGAAGAUUGUAUCGAGAUAUCUCCCUUCAGGCCCGGGACCGACCAUGCUCACACCUCUCAGCAGAACGAGCCCAGGACUCUACGCAAUGCCCCAUACCCCAACAGUAUCCGACGGCGGCGGGUACUCCCACAAUGACUCGCAUACGACGGCAUCGCCGCGCUCGCUCUCAGGCGCUCCCCCCAGCUGGGCGGCCUACGCCGGAUGUAUCCUCUCCCCGAGUCCCAAGACCCAUUCACCGCAGGCAGGGAUCAGGACUCCUGGCAUACCUUCCUACGGGCAGGCAGACGCGAGACAGCACUCGAAACAUCACUACGGCCUCGCACCGCAUAGCCAGCGGUGGGACUCGGCAGUCGCGAAUGGGUACGGCGAUGCUUCUGCGUCGCCUGCGUACACGAGCCACCACCAUCAACACCAGAGUCAUGUUUGUGGGCUCCAGCUUCAUGAAUCAGAGCUAAAGGUGCCGGACAACAGCUUGAUGAAGGUCCGUGUCGCAUCAUCAACAAAACAGUCCGUCACCCUCUGUUUCCGAUUCUUCGACAAUCGCAUUCUACAGAUUCACCUCUAA